CCUUUUCAGUGAACGGCCCUGAGCUCUGCAAGAAGGGGGAGUGGGUGCCAGGGUGCGGUGGCCAGGGUAGUAGGCUUACGUGGGAAGUAAAGAUCAGGCCCUGGGUCUGUGCAGAGGCCACAGCCUGGCAUAAAGGAGGCGGCAGGGGCUGAUGGGGGGCGGCCGCCAAGGUGGCCAGAGGGCCUAUGGGCUGGUCCUGGGGGUCUGGCUAAAGGAGAGGUACCAGCCUGAGAGGGGUUUGGCCUGGGCCCAGCCCAGAGGGUCGACCACCCCAGGACUCACAGUGACCCCUUGGCACAUUGUGAGGGAGCACCGAGCACCAUUGUGACCUGCUUAACCCACCCCCCAGGAGCCUCUGGUCCAGGCAGGUGGGCUGGGGGCCUAGGGGCCCAGGUGGCCCUAGGGUCACCACCCAUGGCCAUAGCUGAGCAGCCACAGCCCGGGUGGGCCUCGUGUCACAGCCCCAGCACCAACACCUGCCAGGACCUGGGCAACUCCAUCCUGGUGCUGCUGGGCCUCGUCAUCUGUAUCAAUAUCGGCAUCAACACGGUGACCCUGCUCUGGCGCCGACUCCGUUUCCUCUUACGCCGGGCAUUCCGUAUUAUUUGUGAGAAAGAAGCCCUCAAGUCCUCUUCACCCAGGAAGCGGCGCAUCUCUCAGCCCGCGAGGAAGCAGAGCUCCCAGGACGUCCACCUUCGAUGCACCAUGGACCCUGUGACAAUGACCGUGACCCCCCCACCCACUCGCCGACACCGUCAUCGAGGCUCCCCCACCCGCCGUGCCCACCGCCCCGCAGCCUGGGCCCCUGACACCAACGACGAGGAGCCCCCAGGCCAGCACCCAGCCAUCUGCUCCCACAACUGGGAUUGCCCCGAGGGCUGGGAAGCCUUCAAAUCCCCCCAGGGGAUGUGGGCUCCCUGGGCCCAGGACAGCCUGGAGCCAGCGGCCCAGACCAUCCGCUUCCAGGAGACCAUAGAGGGAAGGCCCCUCAAAAGCGAGGUCCAGUCCAAGCUGGGCCUCCAGGCUUACGUGUACCCUGUGAACCCCCCACCUCCCACCCCCGAAGCCCAGAGCAACAGGAACAGUGGGCCGGAGGCGGAGGUGGCCCCAUGCUCGCCUGCCCUGCCGCCCACGCGGGGUCCCGCUCUAGUCCCCGACAUCCCCCGGCACCGCUCCUCUGCCCGCGUGGUGUACGAUGCCCGCGACGUGAGGCGGCGGCUCCGGGAGCUGACCCGGGAGGUGGAGGCCCUGUCCCACUGUUACCCUCUGGCCUCCGGUUCUAGCACUUGUGAGGGGACGGGCCAGGACUGGGUGUACCAUUCGCUGGCAGGGAAAAGACUAGAAUAA